AAAAAAAUUAUAUUUUUCGCGAAACCGGAAAAUCAUGUUUUCCCACCAAAACCAAGAAACUAUGUUUUCCCGUCAAAACCGAGAAAUCACAUUUUCCCAUCAAAACUAAUAAAUUAUAUUUCCGCAAAACCGAAAAAUCAUGUUUUCGCCAAAACCAUAAAAUCACGUUUUCUCACCAAAACCGAAAAUUACGUUUUUCCGCUGAAACCGAGAAAUCAUUUUUUCCGCCAAAACUGAGAAAUUAUAUUUUCUGCAAAACCGGGAAAUCUUGUUUUUCGCCAAAACCGUGAAAUCAUGUUUUCUUGUAAAAUUAAAAAAUUACGUUUUCUCACAAAAAAAAUCAGAAAUUAUGUUCUUCCGCCAAAACCGUAUAUAUUCCGCAAAAACUGAAAAAUCAUGUUUUUCACCAAAACCGUGAAAUCAUGUUUUCUUGUAAAAUUAAAAAAAAUAUGUUUUCCCAAAACAAAACCGGAAAUUACAGUUUCCCGUCAAACCCGUAAAAUUAUAUUUUCCUAUCAAAAUUUUAAAAUUAUGUUUUCUCGCCAAAAUUGUUAAUUUUCUCAUCAAAGUAGUGAAAUUGCGUUUUCUGCUAAAACAAUAUUUCUCGCUAAAAUUGUAAACCUAUAUUUUCAUCAGAAUCAUAAAACUAUACUUUUAAGAGACCCACCCAUUAUCUAUUUGAUCUUUGUCCAAUCGGACCAUGGACCGCCCAAAGUGAAUUGGACUGGGCCAGCCCAUGGACGACCUACCCAGUUGACACCUCUAGCCUCGGGGCUAGCUUAACGAUCCUCGACGCAUCUAGAAGCAGCAACGUACGUGAUCUUGGUGCGGUGAACGAAAGCGCGGCUGCUUUUGAAUGGAGGUUGAAGCGUUUGGACUUGGAAACAGAUUCUUCAAGAGAAAUGAUCCAUACUCGAAGCCAAAGAGGCGAACAUAUAUAGAUCCUUCAUUCGUGAAGUGAGGUUGGUGAGUACUUACUUAAUUUGGUGAGUUGUAUUUUUUAUCAGCGGUCUAAGACAUAAGGCAUGAAAAGGCUUUUAUAUGUCUCUAUAUAUGCUCUUAAACUUCAUGUUAAAGUUCUCAUUCGUUUGACGUAAAUGAAAUUUUUGAAUCAACAAGAAGGAUUAGAAUGACAAGCAAGCAUGAUAAAAUGAGGUCCACAGUCAGUACAUAGGGUAACAUUUAUGACACGUCAACAAGACUUACAAACAUCGGUAUAGUUACAUUCUUUUUUGUUUUUAUUUGAUAACCAGUUACAUUCUUUUAAAUUUUCUAUUUAUAGUUUUGCAUGUGGACUUGAUUAGGCUGGAAAGUUGACUAAACCAUAUUUUCAUGCAAAUUUGAACGAAGAAUAUAAUACAAGCUUCUUACAAGUUAUAUGAUGAUCUGAAUAAUUCUCAAUAUAUUCUUCAUUUCACACUUCCAGUUUCGUUCUUUAACCGUAUAGACGUUGAAUAGAUAAAAGAGGAGCAUGGCGCGAGAGAGACGAACGUCCUUUAACAAGAGGCAUGUUUAUCCAACACAGACGAAUUGAGAUGGUUUUAUAAAGUCGACUUUCAACCUUCCGUAAUGUACAAGAUACCACUCAGAUAUCACUAGGGAAAGUCGCAUUUUUAAACUUCAAAGUAACAUACACACUUUAAAUAUUCAAACUUUUUGCAGUAACACUACUAACACUCAAACUGGAAAUUUUAUCAUAUCAAACCUCAAACGUGUUUCCCGCUGAAUAAAAGUCGACGGAACAGUAACUUUGUUAGAUGAUGUGGUCUUUUUCAAAAAAUAUAAAUAAAAUAAUUUUAGUGACUAUUUUAUUAUUUUAUAUAAUAUAAUAAGAUAUAUAUAGUUUCAUCAAAAUUAAGAAAAAUUAAAAAUUUGGAAAAACAAUUUUUUUUGGAAAAUGAUAACAUUUUUAAUACAUUAGAUUUUACUAAAAAUCUUUUGCAUCUCACAAUGUUGUAUUUAAAGUAAUAUUUUUGUAAGUAGAAUUUCUGCAAAAAAAUCUUAAUCUUUUCAAAACUCAUUUUUAACAUUAAAAGGUGUAAGAAGAUAAGUUUUAAAACUUAUAUUGUAUAUUAAUUGUUUUCUAAUUUUGUACGCUUUUCAUAAUUUAAAUAUUUUAUAAUUUAAUGCACUAAAAAGAUUUUUGUUUUGAAAAAAAAAAUUCGUUUUUCCCUAAAUUUUUAUCAAUUUCAUAUUUUUAUGAAAAUUAUAUAUUUUCUUAAUUAUAUAAUAAUAAUAAGAUAUUAACUAAAUGUAUUUUAAAAAUAUUUAAAUAUUAUGCUCGUUUAACGGAGUUACUGUUCCGCCUACUUUUUUUUGUGAGAAAACUUGAGUGUUAGAAGUGUUCGUUAAUCAAGUUGAAGGUUUAAACUUCGUGUAUAGUCACUUUGACGGUUAAAGAUAGGAUUUUCCCGAUAUCACUACUUGUUUUGAGCUUUUUUCUUAUUAUUAAUUUUUUAGUUUCUAUGGCUUCCUUUUUUUGUGUCUUAGAAACAAAAUGUAGCUUUUGUAAAACAUCUGCAGUCUUUGCUACGUAUAUAUAUAUAUCUAUAUUCACAUUUUAUCGAAAAGAAAAAAGAAACUAGAGUAGAGCAAGACUCAUAUGCACGUGAUCUGAUCCUACCCACCACGGACAUUAUAUAUAAACAGCGGUCUAGUCUGAUGAACAACGAGGAAGAAGGCGUAUAGUCGUCCUUACGCCUUAGUUCAAAUGGCGUCAGCCUCAGGGCUAGCUAACGAUUCUCGACGCAUCUAGAAGCAGCAACGUACGUGGUCUUGGUGUGGUGGACGAAAGCGCGGCUGCAUUUGAAUGGAGGUUGAAGCGUUAGGACUUGGAAACAGAUUCUUCAAGAGAAGUGAUGCAUAUAUACUCGAAGCCAAAGAGGCGAACAAAGAUCCUUCAUUCGUGAAAGUCAUGAUAAAGUGAGGUUGGUGAGUACCUACUUAAUUUGGUUCGUUAUAUACUUAUAUCAGUUGUCUAAGAGCGACAUAAGGCAUUAAAAAGGCUUUUAUAUGUCUAUAUAUGUUCUUAAAUUUCCAACUUGCAAUUUCUUACUUUCUCAUUCGUUUGACGUGUAUAAAAUUUUUGAAUCAACAAGAGGGAUCUAGAAUGACAAGCAAGCAUAAAAAGGUGGGGUCCACAGUCAGUAUGUGUAUAUAUGGGGUAACACGUGAACGAGACCUACAGACAUCGAUAGUUAUAACAGUCUUUUUGUUUUUAUUUGAUAACCAAGUUGACAUUCUUUUAAAUUUUAAAUUUAUAGUUUUGCAUGUUGACGUGAUUAGGCUGGAAAAAAUGACUAAACCAUAUUUUCAUGCAAAAUUGAACGAAGAAUAGACAAUUCUGAGAAUAUAAUACUGGUUACAUGAUCUGAAUGAUUCAGGUUCUCAAGAUGUUCUUCAUUUCACACACUUCCAGUUUCGUCCUUUAACCUGUUACCCGUAUAGACGUUGAAGAGAUAAAAGAAAGUGACAGACCAGUCAACAGAGUGAAGUGGAGCAUGGCGCGAGAUAGACGAACAUCCUCUAACACGUGAAGGCAUGUUUAUCCAACCCAGACUACUUGAGAUGGUUUUUUAAAGUCAGACGACUUUCAACCUUUCGUAAUGUACAAAGAUACCACCACUUGUCUUGAGUUUUUUUUUUGUUAUUAUUAUUUUUUCGGUUCAAUGGCUUUCUUUAGAAACAAAAUCUGCAGCCUUUGGUACGUGUAUAUAUAUACAUAUAAAGUCACAUAUUGUAUGAAGAACGUCACCGUAAAUUUGUGUGAUAGUGUGAUGAACACCGAGGAUCAUAGUGUGAUGAACACCGAGGAUCAAGGCGUAUAGUCUAUAUUGUAUGAAGAACGUCACCGUAAAUUUGCUGAUGUGUUGCUCUUACGCCUUAGCCAUAAUGGCGGCAGCCUCAGGCUAGCUAAAACGAUCCUCGACGCAUCUAGAAGCAGCAACGUACGUGAUCUUGGUUCGGUGGACGAAAGCGCGGCUGCGUUUGAAAAGAGGUCGAAGCGUUUGAACUUGGAAACAGAUUCUUAAAGAGAAGUGAUCCUUCAUUCGUGAAAGUGAUCAUGAUAAAGUGAGGUUGGUGAGUAGGUACUUAAUUUGGUGAGUAAUAUUUUUUUAUCAGUUGUGUAAGAGGGACAUAAGGCAAACCUAGGCUUUGUAUAUGUCUAUAUAUGUUCUUCAACUUCAUGUUAAAUUUCGAAUAUUUCUUACUUUCUGAUUCGUUUGACGCAUAUGAAAUUUUAGAAUCAACAAGAGGGAAUAGAAUGACAAGCAAGCACGAAAAGAUGGGGUCCACAGUCAAUACAUGGGGUGGCAUAUCAUGACACGUCAACGGGACCUACGGGCGUCGUUAUUAUAGUUACAUUCUUUUUGUUUUUAUUUGAUAACCAAUUAAGUUGACAAUUUUCUAUAUACAUAUAAAAAGUUGAAAAAGUGGGGUCCACAGUCAAUACAUGGGGUGGCAUAUCAUGACACGUCAACUAGACCUACGGGCGUCGUUAUAGUUACAUUCUCUUUGUUUUUAUUUGAUAAAAACGAGGUGGCAUAUCAUGAUGACACGUCAACGGGACCUACGGACGUCGUUUUAGUUACAUUCUUUUUGGUUUUAUUUAUUUGGUAACCAAGUUGACACAUUCUUUUAAAUAUAUAUAAUUUUUUUUGACUAAAGGCUUGACGUUCUUUUAAAAUUUCUAUGAUAGUUUUGCAUGUGGAAUAUAAUAAAACGCGGACAUAUUAAGAUGGUGGCGAUUUUCAAACUUCCGUACUGUACAAGACACUACUCAUAACACGAAUAUAACUAAUUGUUUCGAGUUUUUUCUUUUCAUUUUAAUCGCGUAAAACAAAUGUGUGAAGAAGGCCUCAAAACGCAAUCGCUGAUACUUUGACGCAGUAAAAACGUUUGACUAAACUUCUUUACGACGCAGUAUAUAACAGAAGAAGAGAGAGCGAAAGCUUCAGAAGAAGAGAGAGAGCAAAAGCUUGAGAGAGAGAGAGAAAGAGAGAAAGCCAAAGCGGAGGCGAAGGUUGGAGAAUCGAUUAGGAGUGGUUGAUUUCGAGCGGCCAUGGCGUCGUCUUCUAGUUCGGAGCGAGUGGCAUCGGAGAUUACACCGGCGGAUUCUAGGGUUUUACAAAACGCUAUGAGCGAAGGAGUUGAGGAGAAGCGGCUCAAGGAAGCGGGGUCUAACGAAGAAGAAUCUGAGAUCGUCGCUGAUAGCAAACACAAGAUGGAUCUCUCUGCGUUAGCUGAAGUGAAGAACCGAGAAGAUAGCUUGAACAAGGACGUUCAGAUUGCUAAAGAGUGCAUCUCUAGUCAAGAGAUUGAUGAUCUCGUUGCGGCUACAAAGAGAUUAGUUGUAGAAAGCUCAGAAGCUGGAUUUGAUGAAGACUCGAUCAAGAAGAGGGAUAAAGCUGCCCUUAUUGCUUCCAUCGCCAAGCUUGAAUCUGAGUUGCAUGAGAUUCGUGCUGAAGGCCAAGAGGAUAUUCUCGUUUGCCCCAACUUUUAUCCUACGGGUCUGAGUAAGAAUGUCAAGACUGAUGCAGAAGCACUCGGAGGUUCUUCUGUUCAAGAACCCAAGAUAGAUUGGAAGCUGACGGCUGAGAUAGACUUCACAAGCCCCACUAGUACGCCGCCAGCUUUCAUCAAUAUUGUAGAUCAUCCAUGCUUGUUGUGGGAUGUCAAAUACCCUAAGAAAGACUUGACUUCAGAGACGAAUUGGAAAGACGAAGGCCGGGGAGGCCCGGUCCGAAACCAGGGGGAUCAUGACAAUUGUUGGACUUACUCGGCCACCGAUGUCUACAGCUCCCAUCGAUUGAGAAACGAAGAAGACGAGGCUUUUCGCGUUAUGAGCGCGAGAUAUCUAACAUUUUACGUCAGUAAGGAAGAGCGAGAGAGGGAACGUAGACAUGGAGAUAGGAAUACACACCAUUGCCACGGAUUCAGAGUAAUACAUGGUCUCAGAUUCAUAAAGGAGCAUGGGGUUCCAGAAGAAUCUCCUCGGGAUGCUAAAACUGAUUACAGCUGCAUUAAAAAUCCGCCAUCUCGAACUCAAAAAUUGUUCCAUUUUGGUGCUGACGUUGAGUUCAUGGAGUCAGAUAAAAUUGAAGACUUGCAGAAGAUGCUUCUGCACCAGCCUGUCUCUGCAAAUAUGAUUCUCUACUACCCGGAAUACGAUAAAAUUCUUACGUUAGAGGAAAUCUAUGAAGGACCUACCUCAGAAAAAUCAUUGUAUGGGGGAAUUCAUGCGGUCUUGGUUCUUGCCAUUAUAAGGUUUCUAGGGAAGUUGGUGGCGCUAGUUAAGCUCAGCCAUGGAACCAAAGCUGGUGAAUCCGGCUACAUGUACGUAUCUCUGAGCAAGAUGAUCGUGAAUGUCGAGUACUCUGUCGAAAAAAAUCUUCUUUGUCAACUCAAACGUAAAACAGAAGACGCCAUAGCUGAACCGUCGUAUCUUCUUCGGAACUUUACGGGUGUGAAUUAUGGUGAUAGUCCAGUUGCAGUUGCAAGGACAAGUAAAAAGAGGAAGCUAAACUGAAACGAGAAAUGUUUUGAACUCGAG